UUUGCAGCGCUUACAAAAGAGCUAAAUGUAUGCAGGGAGCAGCUGCUUGAAAGGGAAGAAGAAAUUGCUGAACUGAAAGCAGAAAGAAAUAAUACGAGGCUAUUGCUGGAACAUUUGGAGUGUCUUGUCUCCAGGCAUGAGCGAUCUCUCAGAAUGACUGUUGUAAAGAGACAAGCUCAGUCUCCAGCAGGAGUUUCUAGUGAAGUAGAAGUUCUCAAAGCACUAAAAUCUCUAUUUGAGCACCAUAAAGCUCUUGAUGAAAAGGUAAGGGAGAGGUUACGAGUAGCACUUGAAAGAUGUAGCUUAUUGGAAGAAGAACUAGGUACUACACAUAAAGAGUUAAUGAUUCUGAAAGAGCAAAAUAAUCAGAAGAAAACACUUCCAGAUGGGAUGCUGGAUAUAAAUCAUGAACAAGAAAAUACACCAACUACAAAUGGGAAGCGAUCCUCUGAUGGUUCUUUAUGCCAUGAUGAAAACCUUGCUAAAGUGAUUGAACUCCAAGACAUCAUAGAUAAGCAAAACAAAGAGCAGACACAAAUGAAAGAACGCCUUACUGCUUUGUCUAGCAGAGUAACGGAGCUGGAAGAAGAUCUUGACACAGCUAGAAAAGACUUAAUAAAAUCUGAAGAAAUGAAUACAAAGUUACAGAGAGAUGUACGAGAGACUAUGGCCCAAAAGGAAGACAUGGAAGAGAGAAUUACAACUCUUGAGAAACGCUACCUCGCUGCACAACGUGAAGCUACAUCUGUGCAUGACCUCAAUGAUAAACUUGAAAAUGAAAUUGCCACUAAAGACUCCAUGCAUCGACAGAGUGAAGAUAAGAAUAGGCAAUUGCAAGAACGACUGGAACUAGCUGAGCAAAAGCUGCAGCAGACUUUGAGAAAAGCUGAAACUUUGCCAGAGGUGGAAGCUGAGCUGGCACAGAGAGUUGCAGCACUUUCAAAGGCUGAGGAGAGACAUGGCAAUAUAGAGGAACGACUGAGACAGAUGGAAGCACAGCUAGAAGAAAAGAAUCAAGAACUACAAAGGGCUAGACAGAGAGAGAAGAUGAAUGAGGAGCAUAAUAAACGUUUGUCAGAAACUGUUGAUAAGCUUCUGUCUGAAUCUAAUGAACGGCUCCAGCUUCAUCUCAAGGAAAGGAUGGCUGCCUUGGAAGAUAAGAAUUCACUUCUUCGAGAAAUUGAAAAUGCAAAAAAACAAGUAGAGGAACUUCAGCAUGAAAAGGAUCAACUUGUAUUAAAUGUUGAAGCAUUAAGGGCUGAAAAUGACCAAGUGAGACUCAGAGCCACAUCCCUUCAUCAUAGCCGACCAGAUUUCAGAUACCCUAUAACAUCUUCAUCUGACGGUCAUGCAGACUCCUAUGGCACCUCAGCAGUGUUAAGGCGUCCCCAGAAAGGACGUUUGGCAGCUCUCAGAGAUGAACCUUCAAAGGUUCAAACUCUGAAUGAGCAGGACUGGGAGCGAGCCCAGCAAGCAAGUGUGUUGGCAAAUGUGGCACAAGCAUUUGAAAGUGAUGUUGAUGUGUCUGAUGUUGAGGAUGAUAGGGAGACUAUAUUCAGUUCAGUUGAUCUGCUGUCACCAAGCGGUCAGGCUGAUGCUCAGACUUUGGCCAUGAUGCUUCAAGAACAGUUGGAUGCAAUCAACAAAGAGAUUAGACUUAUACAAGAAGAAAAGGAAAACACAGAGCAGCGUGCAGAGGAGAUUGAAAGCAGAGUAGGUAGUGGAAGUUUGGAUGCCCACGGCCGAUUCCGGUCCAUGAGCUCCAUUCCUCCUCCCUAUGCAAGUGGUUCACUUGCUGGUUCUUCCCCGCCUGGCAGUGGCCGCUCCACCCCAAGGCGGAUUCCGCAUAGUCCAGCUCGGGAAGUGGACAGACUAGGUAUCAUGACACUGUCUCCAGCUUCUAGAGAAGAGGUACGAGAUGAUAAAACCACAAUAAAAUGUGAGACAUCACCACCUUCUUCACCUCGUUCUUUGCGUUUGGACAGAGUCCAAAAAGGAGCUUUGCAUACAGUGAGCCAUGAAGAUAUCAGGGACAUUAGAAAUUCAACAGGCUCGCAAGAUGGGCAAACAAGUAAUCCUAGUAGCAGUAAUAGUAGCCAAGAUUCCCUUCAUAAAGCUCCCAAAAAGAAGGGGAUCAAAUCCUCUAUUGGCCGCUUGUUUGGCAAGAAAGAAAAGGGACGACCUGGACAAACAAGCAAGGAAACAUUAGGACAAGUUGGCAUCGCAGAGGCAGAUAGUUCCUCUCAGGAUGCAUUAGGUCUCAGCAAGCUUGGAGGUCAGGCAGAAAAAAACAGGAAAAUGCAGAAAAAGCAUGAGUUGCUAGAGGAAGCCAGAAGACAAGGUUUGCCUUUUGCACAGUGGGAUGGGCCUACUGUGGUUGUGUGGUUGGAGCUGUGGGUUGGGAUGCCAGCCUGGUAUGUGGCUGCUUGCCGAGCAAAUGUGAAAAGCGGUGCUAUUAUGUCAGCCUUGUCUGAUACAGAAAUACAGCGUGAAAUUGGAAUUAGUAAUCCUCUGCACAGACUGAAGCUGAGGCUAGCCAUUCAAGAAAUCAUGUCCCUAACAAGUCCAUCUGCCCCUCCGACCUCAAGGACGACCACGGGAAAUGUCUGGGUAACACAUGAAGAAAUGGAAAAUCUUACAGCCACACAACAAACGGAAGAUGAGGAGGGAAGCUGGGCUCAGACGUUAGCAUAUGGUGAUAUGAACCAUGAGUGGAUUGGCAAUGAAUGGCUCCCUAGCCUGGGGCUCCCUCAGUAUCGCAGCUAUUUCAUGGAAUGUCUUGUUGAUGCUCGAAUGCUGGAUCAUUUAACUAAAAAAGAUCUGCGUGGGCAACUUAAAAUGGUGGACAGCUUUCACAGAAACAGCUUUCAAUGUGGAAUUAUGUGCCUGCGAAGACUGAAUUAUGAUCGAAAAGAACUUGAAAGAAAAAGAGAGGAAAGCCAGAAUGAAAUUAAGGAUGUCCUUGUCUGGAGCAAUGAAAGAAUGAUCCAUUGGGUAGUGUCCAUUGGUCUUAAAGAAUAUGCGAAUAACCUUAUAGAGAGUGGAGUUCAUGGUGCACUUGUGGCCUUAGAUGAAUCAUUUGAUUAUAAUGCAUUAGCUCUCUUACUACAAAUACCCACUCAAAACACACAGGCUCGUGCUGUUCUGGAGAGGGAGUUUAAUAACCUUCUUGCUAUGGGCACUGACAGAAGACUUGAUGAAGAUGAUGAUAAGAGCUUUAGGAGAGCACCUUCAUGGAGAAAGAAGUUUAGACCAAAGGACAUAAGAGGUUUAGCUGCUGGAUCAGCAGAGACUCUUCCUGCAAAUUUCAGAGUUACAACCUCAAUGUCUUCACCCUCUAUGCAGCCAAAGAAGAUGCAGAUUGAUGUUUACCCACACUAUUUCUACCGGUGAUAUGCAGCAUUUUGAACAUUUGGAACCUUUAACCUGUUAAUACUUGUUAAAUGGACACUUUGAGAUAUUUUAUUACAGAGUUUUUAAUUAGCAAAUAAAAUCAUGAGUACUAUAGAGAAAAUAUUUUAGAAUCUGAAUGUUUCUUAUAUUUAUGUGACUUCUCAUUUAUAUAGUUACUUACUUUUUCUGUUUCUAUUCAGUCUACAAAUCAAAUCAUUGCUGAUUUUUUUAUUCUAAUUUUAGUCUUUCCAACUGAAUGUACUGUAAUGCUUGUAUGUAUAUGUCCCUAUAAGUAAUAUAGGGUUUUUGUAAAUUAUGCAGUUACUGUAAUUAUAAUUGUUUUUUAAUAAUGAAACUGAAGGUGAAAAGGAUUUUAAUACCUUUGUAAAAGUAUCAUGACACCAAGCAGUAUAUAUUUUGUCUUCUGGAAAUGUUAUCUUAGAUCUAAAAACAAGUCCAGCUUUUUUUCAGGUAAGCAUAUGUUGUUCUAGAAGGUAUGGUACAUGAUUGUUCUUCUUUUCAGAACUGUACCUUUCCACAAAGAGGAUUUGUCAAGUAGUUGGAAUUUGUCUUUAUUUAAAAUGUAACUUGUUUUAAAAGCUGAGAGGAACUGUAACACUACAGAACAUGUCUUAGAAGUGAUUGACUCGGUCAUAAUGCUCUCUGCUGUAUUUGUAUAGCAUAUCUUCAGAGUGACUGAAAACAAGCCAUAAACCAAGAACUGUUCUUAUUUUUUUUCCUUAACUGAGCAAGAUUAGACUUCAUAAUAAUUCCUGGUCGUAAUCCACAGGCCACAGAGAGUUUUUGUCCUAGAUCUUUUUGCUUGAAAACACUUGUGGAAAGAUGCUGGUGAAACAAGUUUUAAUGGACCAAUCAUGAAGCACUGCAGUCUCACGUCAAAUGAGUAGUGAAGGAUGAAGGUACAAUGGGCUGAAAACUAAAGCAGUGCAACUUCUAAUAAAGGCCUUACUUUUCUUACCUAAGUCAUCGUUUGUGUUUUGUAAACUUGUUCUAAAGAGAUGUCUGGACUUUAAUUUUGAUGGUUGUAGCCAUUUUGGACUGUAUGAGUAGAAAAUGUAUCCAACACUUGUAAAUGGCAUAUUAAAAAGCCAGCGAGAAUCUGUUCAGAUGGUGCGUUAUUUAUUAUGCAACAAUAUAUAUAGCAUGUCUUUUUUCUUAUUUUGUUUUCCACUUUUAACUUGCUUGUAAAACUGAAAUUCAUUGUUACUGUUCUGUUUUUCUAUUAAUCUUUUGUGUAUUUUCAGAUUAUGUAACAAUAUGUACAGUCUACUUUUGAACUAUUUUUAUCACAGUAUUAUUUAUUGCUUUCAAUAAAGUACUGAUGCAUUUUCCACUGCCAAUAGAACACUAUUGAAAAGCUAAGAUCUAAUUGUAUGCAGGCAGAUACUUUUGCGGUGAGUGGAUAUUGUCAAUAAAGCAUCUUAAUAAUUGUUUGCUGCCCUGUAGAUCUUGUUUCAAAUGAUGACUUCUCUCCAGUAGAAAAAAAUGUUCUAUUAGAUAUGGCAUUUUCGUUGGAAUUGUUCAAGUUCACAUGCGUUAAUCAGUUCUUGAAAACCAGUUUUCCGAAGAAGACUGCUUUAUUGCCUACUUCUACUCCUAGUUAGAGCUAUGAUUUACUUUUAAAAAUAGUAACAAAAGCCAUCACACAACUUCAGUGAACUCUGGUCCACGUGAUGAGGAUUGAAGUGCUGUUCUGUGUAGCAGUCAGAAUUGCUUUGUAAAUAAAAUGAGAUUAUGACCACAGUGAUAUUUGGGGA